AUGCUUUUGGACUUUGCUCAGAAUCAAAUUUUUGACUUUGUUCCCAGCAGGAAAGAUGGUGGUGCAAAUGAUCAGCACCAUAAGCUUGGCCCAUUUGUUCUUGGUGGGAGGAAGACUGAAGCAACUGAUGGGGACUUGGACAAUUUCAGGCUUAUGGUUCAGGACCUCCGGUGUGAGCCUGGAAAUAAUCUAACCGAGAUCAGAACGGCAAGAGUAUCUUCUGUUUUCAGGUUAAUUCAUUCAUCAGAAAAUAUUUAUAGGGCAAUGAAGAGAACAGGUCUCUCCGGCACGCAGAAGGAAGAUGGCGCUCUUCUGAUGGCCAGCUCUGUAUGCAUAAGUGGUGGUAAUUUCUACAAUGUCUCCAUGUUUUUCGAGGGGUUAUAUGAUUCAGUUGUUGGGGAGAUGUAUCUAAUUGGUUGCAGGGAUGUUCGAAGUUCUCAGAAGUUCGUCUACAAUGGCACAAACCUUGAAGGAGGAAUGGACCGUCUGAUUGAAGUCAAAAUAAAGUAUCCUCCCAGUAAUUUGCAGUGGCUACUUAACCCAAAGAUAAAAAUCUUCAUUAACAGCAAAAGGAGUAAGGAGGACCCCCUCUAUCUUAGUCCCGUCAGCCUCAAUACGUCUGUGGUUAAUUAUUCAAAGCAGUUGGUUUAUGUAAUAUAUCGAAAAGGUUUCGAGGGUGUGCUUCGAAUUCUAAUGCUCAGAAUGGCAAUCAUCUGCACACGGAGCCAAUCAGUUUACACCAAAAAUGAGGGACACCCCACGGCCUAUAUAUCUUUGGUCAUGCUUGGUGUCCACACUUUUGCUUACAGCAUUCCAUUGAUCACUGGUAAUGAAGUUCUCUUGAAAUGGAAGGAAUUCAAACCAUACAGAACAGAAAAAUAUGAUUUUGAAAAGCUUCAAUUGUUUCAGGUACUCGACUCUGCUACCAAUAUUCUUCUGCUUGCUGCAUUAUGGUUAAAUCUAAAACUUUUUCAGAAUGUUUGCGAAUCUCGUGGCAGACAAAUUGGUGAUUGUCAUAUACCGAAAGCCAAAAUCCCAAGUGAUAAAAUAGUUUUUCCUAUUACACUGGCCAUUCAUAUAAGUGGGUUUUUCCUUUUUCAUGUCAUCCAUGAACUAUGUACAAGUCAAAUAAUGGUCCAGUUAGGAAAUUAUUACCCAAGAGGCAAGCCCCUGAGAAAAUCAUACUACUUGGGCUUCACAUUGCUCAGAUUCUUACUGCAUGGUUAUGAAUAUGCAAGAGAUCCUGUUCCAAGUCCUGAACUUGAUGACAAUGAAUUGCAGCACUUAGAUAUAGGUUCAUACACUAAGAUUGGCAACGUUAUAAUGGGAGCUAUUGUGUUGAUACUCGCAGUGAUAGUGUAUAUUCAGCAGAAAUGUAACUACCAGGCAGAUAGCCAGAAAGUGAAACCAGAGGUGAAGGAGCUGGCCACCAAGUCUGACUUGUAUGAGAGGCUAUUCCCGAGUGAUUAG